UUCCCCACGUGAAUCAAUAUUCAAGCCCUGAUCUCCCCGUUGAGCAAUGAGGCCAAAGAGAAGAGGGAGCUGAAAGACAGAUGAGACAGAGGGAGGGCUGUGGGAUGUCAUGUGUAAAGAAGGAGAUUCUCAUUGGAGGCAAAGAGAAAGAGGAUCGCUAUGCAUGUUUUGAGAAAGUAAAAGGAGGGAGAAGAGGGUAAACAAAAAAAGCAUCCAACCCUCUGAAGCCAUCUUGCUCACACUGCCACGCUCUGGACUCCAGCUCUGACUAUUAUUAAGUGGCUUUGGGGGAAUAAAAGCUGUAACAAGACCAGAAUGAUGUCCUCCAAGUUGAAGUGGCUGAUUGUGAUCCAGCUCCUGCUGAAUGAACAUGCUCUGUGCAGGGUCCCACCUUCUUUGGCUCCGAAAAACUCUGUGCUUCCGGGAAACGACUUCCAUGGAGAAGUAGAGGAGACAGCCAUACAGGAUCAUCAGUCUCUCCUGGGAUCCCAACUGCAGCCUGGUCUCCCCUCUGUGGAAAAUCCUGGUCCUGUAUCGGUGGUUGCGCAAAAAGAGGUGCGAAUCCGAUCUGCCAAACGUGUAAUAUCAGACCUUAGAGGGAGGCUUCAGGGGCAUAUUCAAGAUCGUCUCCACAUCCAGGGUAACGUCAGCUGUGAGGAGCUGCUGUCUGCCAGCACUGUGGAUGACCCAUCAUCCUCCAUGCUCCCCCAGGAGCUGCUGGGUCUCUCUUUGGUGCCUGUGUUGUUGGUAGCAGGCUGCCCACAGGAGGCGCAGACUCUGGUGCUCAAACUGUACGAUCUGCUGGGAAUAGAAGAUACGGAGGAGCUGCUGAUGGAGGUGGAGGGUCUGAUAGAGAGGAGGUUGAGCAAGUCUGCAUCUACGCUUGCACCUGCAUCAGCAGCAUCGCCUUCAGAGCGGGAUGAAGCCGGGCGCCACAUAGAGGCUGUGAUGUUUAACAUCCAGCAGCUGGCCACGAUGGGAGAAGGUGUGUCAAAGCAGGAAGGGCACUGUGAGGGUUGGACCAGGGUGAAUGCAACCACACUGGUAGGAAGAGCUGUGGACGGAGUCACAGGUGAUCUAGAGGAGGCUGUGAACACCUGCGAGAGGCUGGGAGUCCUGUGUGCUGGUGUGACCAGCAGUGGACUACUCAAACCUGGAAGGUAUCAGGCAGUCUUUAGGAAAGGUAGUCGCAUCCUGCCAUCUGAGUCCACAGAGUAUGAAUGCUGGAUCCGUCAGUGCAGUGCAGAGGAGGAUCUUUCGAUCCCUCCCGCUUCAGGUCGAAGGAUGAAGCGAAGCCCCCAGAGGAGCUGUAUCAACAAAAGCGAGGAGCGUGUGUACAACGUGGUGGAGUGGAUCCCCGGGGUCAGCACCCUCUACAACCUCGGCACAGCUGUGUAUUAUGCCUCAGUCAACUGCUCGGAAACAGCCAAGGAGAGGGCCAUCCUCAGCGCUGUUGACCUCAGCACGGAUGCGCUCAUGGUCGCCACAGGAGGGACUGCAGGGGUUGCAGGCUACGCUUUGGGUGCAGGGAUGAAGACUGGUGUGAAAGCUGGCGUCAGAUAUCUCCUCAACUCCAUGAAGGAGGAAGACGACGUGCUGGUGAACCAGUUCAGCUGGGAGGAGGGCGUCAUCACUGUCCAGUAGACUGGAGGAUCAAGAAAUCGGCCUGUGAAGCUUCGGCAAUAAAAAUCGUUAUAUUUAGUAUAUUCAUUUUUUUAAACAAUGACACGGGAUAGAUUUUUUUUAGCUGUUACUGAAGAGUGACAAAUUGGUUCUAACCAAAUCAUUUGGAAGACAAGAUGCAAAUGCUUGCAUUAGUUAAUUUUGAAAGGGAAAAAAAAAAACAGUGUGACUGUGCAAGCAAAGGUGUCAGUCAGUAAAUUUAAAGGCCUAAUUUGCAGGAUUGUUACUUGCUGUUGAUAAACACAUCAGUCAAAGCUGGCCCCUCCCCCCGGUUCAACGGUAGAGCGAGAGAGAGACAAAUGAACAAGCCAGCCCACACCUUCACAACCCGACAGAUUUUACGUGACUGCAGCUGUAGAGCAGGCCUUGACUCUCUGUUCUGUGUGUAUGCGCGUGAAGCUUCUACCACCGUCGGUCAAAGAGACACACAGACCUGCAGCUCUUUAUAAAGACUGAGGGCUCCUGAGCUGUUCAGAGAGGCAAACAUCUAUAGCACCAGUGUUGCGCUGUCGGUGACUGGGGGCAACACACCACCGCCUAAAUGUUGAAGCCCAACCAUACUGAAAAAAAAUAAAUAAAUAAUGAUAAUUAAAACUCAGGCAGAGGCCAUCCACAAACUUUUAGUGCAUGGUAAGUAAGUGGUAAGUGGUGAUUGAGAUCACUUUUGUAUAAAUCUGGACAUUUUUAUAGGGAAAGGGGAGAGAAAUCCUGCAUAUUAUGCCUGUAAGAAUUAAAAAAAAAAAAAACAACAAACAUUUAUUAGAGACAGGAUCUAGCCUAAAAUGUGAUGAAAAUUACAAAUUCAUUGUGAACACUCUCAAUAAUAUAUAUAAAAAAAUAAGCUCAUAAAGUCAGCGUUGAACCUUUUGUGUCUUAGAAAAAUAGCUUUGUUUGUGCAUAAUGAACAAAAUAGUUCAACAAUUUAUCAUAUUAAGCAGCAACUUUUGAAGAACUGGUCUCAGGAAAGUAAACCUUCAAUCCCUCAAGAUAUUUUUUUUUUGCCUUCCAUCCAGUGCAGUGUCCUUACUUCUGUUCACUGUCUUUCAUCAUUCUCACAGUUUAUCAUGUCAUGUCACAUUCUCACCUCGGGUGUAAUUGCAGGGACACUAGACGGAGAACUAAAGUUUGUGGUUUUGUGUGUGUCUUUCAUAAAUGUCAAUAAAUUGUACUUUAAAUCUG